CUCACUGGCUAGUCAACUGGAGACAUUAAUGGAUUUGUUUAUGGGGGCAAAUCUUUUCAAUGGGAAUGAUGGCGAGAUCUUUGUUCCUUGGCUCGGAGCCCUCUGCGAUAGCCCAAUUGUGACAUGCGGUCAAUAAAAGGAGACAGAUGCCCCUUCUAGUGUGAUGUUUCUUGAAUAUACAGAUUAGAGAUAUCAUGAUAUCGUAUUCGUGACAAAUCUGCGAAUACACCCCUCGUGGUCUUCAACAUCUCAGUACAUUCGGUCUAGCAUGGAAACACCCAGCUCCCUCUCCGAUAAGGAGGAGACCCUGAACACAAAUUCCGAAUUUCCAACAUCAAGUCUACCGCGGACAGUAAGGCUGCGAUCUCGGUUCACCUCUGACAUCGACACAGCAUGGGCAGACACAAUACUACUGGGAUGCUUCUUCGUGGCAGGCAUCGUUGACAGCGUCGCGUUCAACACCUAUAGUUGUUUCGUCAGUAUGCAAACAGGAAACACCAUCUUCGCAGGCCUAGGUGUCAGCGAUCUACCAUCCGACAUGCCCAAACAUACAUGGGUCAAAUCUGUGGUCGCGGUUCUGGCCUUUUGUGUUGGUGCAUUCUGCUUUUCUCGCUUCCACCGCUACCUGGGCCCAUUGAAGCGGUGGGUAGUCAUGUCAUCCUUUCUCAUUCAGACGGGCUUUAUGGUCCUCACGGCGGCGCUGAUCUCGUCUGGCGUGGCGUCAAAGUCACACAAUGAAACUGCCAGAGAAGCUGGAGAUCGAGGAACUUUUCCAUGGAUUGAAUUAUGUCCUAUUGCUCUAUUGGCUUUCCAGAGUGCGGGACAGAUUGUCGCUAGUCGUGUUCUCAAAUACAACUCGAUGCCGACCGUUGUCCUGACCAGUCUGUACUGCGACCUGAUGAGCGAUCCCGACUUGCUGACGGCGGGCUUGCUCGAAGAUCCGGAUCGAAAUCGGAGGGCGGUGAGUGCAAUCGCCCUGUUCGCCGGUGCGGCUAUUGGGGGUGCGCUCACUAAAUCAACCAUCGGAUAUGCUGGUGCUCUGUGGAUUGCGACAGGGGUCAAGGCGGCAAUGGUCCUUGCAUGGUUACUGUGGAAGCGGAAGCAAGUAGUAUAACGACAAAACCUGCCUUGGAAGCGGAGAUAGACUGUCAUAAUAGAUGAUUCAAGGCCCAAAAACCCCACAGCCAUCAGUUUGGGAUAAUUAUCG